AUGUUACGAGGUGCAGAAGUAGAAUUAUUUGAGGAGGAUUUACGUCCUUUUCGAAAUUACAAAGAACGGUACAAUCCGUUCGAAACAGCAAGUGACGCAGAAUUCUUUGCCUGUCACCGAUUUCCGAAGGCGGUCUUUCGCGAUUUGCUCGAUAUAUUGGAACCAGGAAUUAACCGGGCCACAAGAAGGUCGCAUGCUUUGGAACCCAUUGUCCAGCUUUGCGUUGGUGUAAGAUACCUCGCUCAAGGUGGUUUCCUGCCCAUGAUAGGAGACUUGUAUGGUAUUUCCCCCAGGGCAGCCAGUAACUGCAUACACUCCGUCACGCAAGCCAUUUGUGACAGAAUGGAUAGGUUCAUCACCUGGCCCGACAUGGAGGGAGUGAACAGGGUGAAACUCGACUUUUACAACGCCAACCGUCAUCGAUUUCCUUGCAUUACGGGACUGAUUGACGGCACGCAAGUAGAGAUCAACACUCCACAUCGACCCUACAAUGAGGCUGCAUACAUCAACAGAAAGGGAUACCACGCCAUCAAUGCACAGGUUGUGUGCGAAAGGAAGAUGAAGAUCUUCAACUUGGACGCACGUUGGCCGGGCUUUACCCACGACUCCUUCAUGCUCCGAAACUCCCACGUAUGGGACAAAUUUUAG